AUGGCUCCCAGGACCCUCCUCCUGCUGCUCGCGGGGGCCCUGGCCCUGACCGAGACCCGAGCGGGCUCCCACUCUCUGACAUAUUUCCAAACCGCUGUGUCCCGGCCCGAACUCCGGGAGCCCAGCUUCAUCGAAGUCGGCUAUGUGGACGACACGCAGUUCGUGCGCUUCGACAGCGACGCCGAGAACCCGAGGAGGGAACCCAGUGUGCCGUGGAUGCAGCAGGUGGAGCAGGAGUACUGGGACUGGGAGACACAGCACAACAAGAACCAGGCACAGAUUGACCGCGUGAACCUUCAGACCCUGCGCAGCUACUACAACCAGAGCGAGGCCGGCUCUCACACCAUCCAGAGGAUGUACGGCUGCGAGGUCGGGGAGGACGGGCGCCUGCUCCGCGGGUACCGGCAGUAUGCCUACAAUGGCAUGGAUUACCUCACCCUGAAUGAGGACCUGAGCACCUGGACCGCGGCCGACAUGGCGGCUCAGAUCAGUAAGCGCAAGUGGCAGUUGGCAGGUUACACUCAUCGCCACUGGGCCUACCUGGAGGACAAGGUGAAGUGGCUGCGCAGAUACCUGGAGAUGGGGCAGGAGACUCUGCAGCGCAGGGAACCACCCAUAACACAGGUGACCCACCACCCAGUCUCUGACCAGAAGGCCACCCUGAGGUGCUGGGCCCUCAGCUUCUACCCCAAGGACAUCACACUCACCUGGCAGCGAGAUGGGGAGGACCUGAUCCAGGACACAGAGCUGGUGGAGACCAGGCCUGCAGGCGAUGGAAUCUUCCAGAAGUGGGCAGCUGUGCUGGUGCCUUCUGGAGAGGAGCAGAGAUACACAUGCCACGUGGAGCACGAGGGGCUGCCUGAGCCCCUCACCCUGAGAUGGGGUAAGGAGGGCAGAGUGGACAGAGCCUUCAGCAGGGUCAGGGCUGAGCCCUGGAGUCAGAGUCCCUUAUUGUCCCUUCCCCUCUCAGAGCCUCCUCAGGACCCACUAACUAAGACCUAG